AUGUCAAAACCCAAGAAGCCCGCGGCCCUGAACAAGGUGCCGCGGAGAGAUCCGCUGGCAUCCUUGAAGAUGGCCGACAUGUUGAUAUCCAAACCGGUCCUUCCAGCAGAGGUUCUGGUGGUUGUGAUGGACCAUCUCACGGUACCUGAUCUGCUUCGAUUCGCUCGAGUGUCGCGCCGGAUGCAUGAAAUGAUAUAUGACGAUGCACGAUGGGUCAAACGGCUGAGAGCGAUAGGAUGUUGGAAUGACGCUGAAGCGAGAAGAAGAGCAGAGCCUCCAAAAUCACCCACUACUCCGAGACAAAGGCGGAGCACAAUAGAUCGCAACUUGGUGAACGGCAAGGGAAGACCAGAGGUUUUGUUCGACAUGGAUGCGUCUCCGGUCGUCCAAUCUCGUCAAACGAACCUCCUGUCGCCCUUACCGGUCCGAUCGACGGCAGCGGAUGGGUUUGACGUGGCGGAGAUUUCGAGCCCGCGAACUGCGGUGUCUACAGGGCUGCCUGUCGACCACGACGCACCUUUGUCAGCCUUCUCAAAGGUCAAGUCCAUUAGAGGCAGGGCCAGGCAGGAGUAUGGAAAGAUCUACAGAAUGCUGGCGCCAUACUACGCCGAUUUGCUCUCUGCUUCCAACCCGAUGGAAAGCCGCAUAUUCAGAGAUUUCUCUCUUCCAGACCAGCAAGCUCAACUACUGGCAAAUGUACAGAAGUUCUCGGCCAGCGACUUCUCGCCUGGGUCGGGCGAGAGGGACCGACAAAUCUCUGAAGCUGUCGGUAUGUUUGAUACUGCAGCUCUCUUGGAGUUCCGGAAAGGUUACGAGUUCAAAGAUAUCCAUGGCAGAAUGCGCCAGUACGCACGGGUGAUGCAUAUUCUCAAUGGUGGAAAAAGCGGAAUCGAUCUGUUCUUGCAUGACAACAACAUGAUCAAUCAAAGAGCUGAACUUGGCUCCGUGUCAGAUUGCAUCGACUACUCUCUGGGAUACGGCGAGCUAUCCCUGGAAAGGGUGCAAGCAUACUUUGAACGAUUAAGCAAUGCCUUCAUGCAGGAGAAUGGCAUCGUUCAAGCAGUCUUCCCAAACGCCCAAGAAGUCUCUCUUCUUCUCCUUGAAGAGGUAGCCAAGGAGAUCCUCUCGCCUUUCCUGUCGACAUUGUUCGAAGAUGCUCGAACUCGGGGAACCUCGAUAUAUCUCCGGAUCAUAUCGGGAACGUUUCAGGCGACCAGACAGUUUAUUGAAAAUGUCGCUCUGCCCGGGGACGUUGAUGAUUCAAUUAUAGCGCGGUGCAAUGCCGUUGGAACCGAGAUUUUUGCGCCUCAUCUCGAAACAUAUCUUGCCGAAGAACUGGCUUUCUUUCGCCACAAAGCAGAUUCCGAAGUCGAACAAUGGGAUCGAGCCCUGUCUGAACAGGCGGCCUCGACGGAGAGCUUUCUAAUGUCUAAUGUAAACCGGCAGGCCGACAAGAAAGACUUCAUGUCGUCUUUCAAGCAAGUGCUCAUGAUGCCGGUCAACAUCCUGCCCGUGUUCACCAGCUCCUCCGCUCACAAGACAAGUCCAAAGCACCACGAUACGGAUGCUGCUACUUUUACGAGGCCUGCCACUCCUACCCAGUCCGGUCGGCGAACCGUGACUCCGGCCCUUCCUCAAGAAGCCCCGACCGAUGAAUUGGCGGCUAAGGCUGCUCUAAUGAACUCCAAGCUGGAGAAUAUCAGGUCUUUGUUUUCCAUUGAGGUUGCUCUCAACCUCGUUCAUGCCGCCAAAUCUUCCCUAGACCGUGCUGCGCAAUUCAUCGCGCUAGGAGGUGAAGCCGGCGAAUCGGCCCGCGCACAAUGUUCAGCAAUCUUUAUCUUGCUUGUACAAACCGUGGGAAUUCGUCAUGUCAAGACCGGGUUUGACAAGGCCAUUGACCACCUCUCGCAUUACUCGGCUCGCGAGACGAACACCAACUCCGACGACGACUCUGCCACCACUAUCCAGGUGGCGCCCCUCGCCACUUUUCUUGAGCUCGUCAAUGUAGGCGACCUCAUUCAGCAAAUGCUCGACGUUUUCUAUGAGUCCGAGUUGGUGCGCAUGCGCAUCUCUAAGCGGGACGAUUUCUUGGAUAUCAACGUCAAAGAGAAGCGCAAAUUUGAGGCUAUGCUCGACGAGAGUGUUGCUGCCGGGUUGGGCAAAGGUAUUGAUGUGCUGAUGGAUGAAGUUGAGUACAUCUGCGCCACUACUCAAUUGCCCACGGAUUUCUAUCCAGAACUAGCCAUGCAAGAUGGAAAUGCCACGCAUCAUCCAACCACAAUGGCCUCCAUAUUGAACGGUGGCAUGGGCAGACCAUCGAGUAUAGCGAGUACGAUGCCCGUGUUGGACUUUUCAGGGAGGCCCACAGCGACUGCAUCGCGCGUGAUCAAGCUUGUCUCGCACCACACAGGCAUGCUCACAGGGGCAACUGAAAAGACUCUCCUCGACGUCUUCACGACGGAAGUCGGACUGCGGCUCUUCACCACGCUGACAAAACACAUCAAACGGCAACGGAUCUCGUGCGCGGGCUCUCUGAACCUGCUGAGCGACCUCAGCGCCUACUCGCAGUUCAUCGCGACAUUCAAGAAUCAGGACUUGAACAGCUAUUUCACCGCCCUGAGAUCCCUGGCGCAGAUCUACCUGAUCCAAGGCACCAGCGACAGGGAUGUGAGGGAGAUGAGCACCAUCAUUGCGGACCAGGAGAGGUACAAGGGGGUGUUCUCCGUCGAGGAGGUCGUGGAAUUUGCAGAGAGAAGGAGUGACUGGUUAUCGCUGAGAGCGAGGGUGGAGGGCAAAGUCAAGGGAGAUGGCUGCUUCGUCAUGUAG